GGGCGAACCGGAUUGCCAGAUUGCUUAGCGUGACCUUUUAGGAGAGAGGCGUGGCGCGGAGCGUGAAGCGAUGUACAUUCUGAAGCUUGUCCUCGAUGGGUUCAAGUCCUACGUAGAGCGCACUGAAAUAGGCCCGUUUGACCCCCACUUCAACGCGAUUACGGGGUACAACGGGUCGGGGAAGAGCAACAUUUUCGACGCGAUUUGCUUCGUGCUAGGAAGCAACAACUGGUGCCAGAUGCGGGUGGGCGGUCCUUUGGAGCUGAUUUACAAGCAGGGUGCGACCGGGAUUACGAAGGCGUCGGUGAGCAUUGUGUUUGACAACCACGACAAGCAGAGGUCGCCGAUGCAGUACAUAGAGUGCGACGAGAUAGUGGUGACGAGACAGGUUUUGACAGGGGGGAGGGCGAUGAAGUACAAGCUGAAUGGGCGGAUGUGUCAGGUGUCGGAGGUGAGGAACCUGUUUCACUCGGUGCAGCUGAACAUUGAGAACCCGCAUUUUUUGGUGAUGCAGGGGCGCAUUACGAAGGUGCUGAACAUGAGGCCGAGGGAGAUUUUGGGGUUGCUGGAAGAGGCGUCGGGGACGAGGAUGUUUGAGGCGAAGAAGGUGAGCGUGAGGAAGCGGAUAGACGGGCACGAGGCGAAGGUGGAGAGCAUUGGGAAGACGUUGAGAGAGACGAUAAACCCGACGUUGACGAAGUUGAAGAAGGACAAGGCGUUGUACGCGCGUUACUUGGAGUUGAAGGACAGGGUGUCGGAGCAGGAGAGGGCGAUGGUGACGUGUGAGUACGCGUUGGCUCAGAGGAGGGCGGCGGAGGUGAGGGCGAGGUUGCAGGACGUUGAGAACGACCCGUCGGAGAGCGAGUUGGCGUUGGAGGAGAAGAAGAGGGAGUUGAAGGAGGUGCAGAGGAGGUUGAAGGAGUUGAGACAGAGGCAGUUGCAGAACGCGGAGAUAGGCCAGUCGGAGUCGCAGUUGAACCAGGCGACGUUGAGGUUGAAGUCUACGGAGUUGUCGUGCGAGCGUUUGUCGGAGGAUGUGGAGAGGGAGAGGGAGAGGGAGAGGGCGUUGAGGGAGAGGUGGGAGGGGGUGGAGGGGGAGAGGGGGGGGAAGUUGCAGGAGUUGCAGUGGGCGGCGAGCCAGGUGGAGAGGUGCGAGCAGGACAAGUUGAUGGUGGAGGCGUGUUUGGCGGGGGUGAGUGGUGGCGCGGAGGCGCCGUGCAUAGGGGAGGAGAGGAACACGUUGGAGGCUCAGGUGAUGAGGGCGCAGGCGCAGAUGGGGGAGCACGACACGGAGAUAAGGAGGUUGGAGGUGAAGAUGAGGGAGGCGUUGAUAGAGUUGGAGAGGGGGGAGGCGUCGAUGGGGCCGAUGACGCCGGCGGAGGAGAAUUACUACAAGAGCGUGAGGUUUGAGUACGAGGGGAGUGGUGAGUUGGACGGGGAGAGGGUGUUUGGGAGGAUAUGCAAGUUGGUGCGGGUGAGGGACGCGGAGAAGGCGAUAGCGUUGACGGUGGCGGGGGGUGCUCGGUGGUACCACGUGGUGGUGGAGAGCAGCAGGGAGGCGAUGCAGUUGAGUCGGGUGGUGAGGGCGAGGAACACGUACGUGAUGUUGAGGGAGCUGAGAGUGAAGGAGCCGAGUUUGUCGAUGGUGGAGAGGGCGAAGAGGGCGGUGAGCGAGGAGAACGUGUGGCUGGCGCAGUCGUUGGUGGAGGCGCCGGCGGCGAUUCGGCCGGCGGUGGGGUACGCGCUUGGGGACGCGUUGGUGUGUCGAGACGGGAACAUGGCUAGGAGGUUGACGUUUGAGUUGAAGUUGGCGAAGAGCGUGAGCCUGGUGGGGGACGUGUACAACACGCAGGGGACGUUGACAGGUGGAGAGGAGGCGGAGAAGAGGGAGUAUUUGCUGCAGUUUUUGUGUCGGUUUGAAGAGCGCGAGGCGGAGAUGGCGGAGAAGAGGGAGCGGCUGAAGAGGUUGGAGGGGGCUCGGGCGGAGUUGCGGGGCUUGCUGGAUCGUUUGGCGCUGGCGAGGCACCGGCACGAGGGCGUGGUUAGGCGGUUGGCCGGGGUGGAGGACCCGGAGAAGAGGAAGGAGGCGAGGUCGGGCGUGGAGGCGCAGCUGAAGAGACUGGAGGAGGCGUCUCGCAGGGGGAGGGGGGGGCAAAAGGAGGCGGGGAAGGAGUGCGCGCGACUGAGGGGGGAGCUGGCGAAGGUGAGCAAGGAGUUGCAGCGCGCUCGGGGCGCGAAGGUGCGGUUGGAGGCGGAGUGCGGCGAGUUGGAGAAGGAGCGGGGGGAAAUCGAGAAGGGCUUAGAGGAGGUGGGCGCGGUGAUAGGCAAGCUGCAGGGACAGCUGGCGGAAAGCGAGCACGAUCGAGCGGUGUUGCAGAACAAGGUGAAGGAGAUGGCGCUGCGGCACGAGGAGCUGCUGAGGGAUCAGCAGUCGAAGAGUGAGCACAUGGUCUCGCUGGCGGCGCGAAGCGAGGAGUGUCAGCGCGCGAUUGACGAGUACACGACGCGGGCGAAGAGACAGAAGGCGCAGCAGGAGGAGGAUCGAGCGACGCUGCAGAGGGCGGAGUCGGCGAUGGAGAAGCUGAAGAGCAAGUACCCGAAGAUCGAGCGCGAAGCGAAGCACACGAUGAGGGUGGAGGAGCUGACGAGCAUGUUGGAGGCGGAGGUGGAAAGGUUCAAGCCGAACGAAGAGGAGCUGAAGAAGCUGCAAUAUUUGGUGAACCCGAAGGCGGCCCAGCUAUUCGACCAGUUCCAGAGGGAAUUCGAGGACCUGACGAAGAAGAUGAACAUCAUUCAGGACGACCGUGAGGCGAUCGAGCAGACGAUCAACGAGUUCGACCGGCGAAAGGUGGUGACGCUAGAACACGCGUUCGAGAGCGUGGGGGGUGACUUCAAGGACAUCUACGGGUCGCUGGCGCCGGGGAUGGAGGCGAGUUUGGAAAAGGUGAGCGCGGGAGACAUUUUGGAGGGACUCGCGAUCAAAGUUCAGCUGGGGUCGCGGGUGGCGAAGUUAACCGAGCUGAGCGGCGGACAGCGGUCGCUGCUGGCGCUGUCUCUGAUCCUGGCGCUGCUGAAGUACAAGCCCGCGCCGAUGUACAUCUUGGACGAGGUGGACUCGGCGCUGGACGGCUCGAACACGCAGAACAUCGGCACGAUUUUUCGAGACAAAUUUCCGCAGUCUCAGUUUAUCGUCAUCUCGCUGAAACAGGACCUGCUGGCCUCUUCGAACGCGCUGUUCACGGCGAGCUUCGACGCCAGGUCGUCGUCCUCCGUGGUGGCGAGGUCGAACCCGAGGGCGGACGCGCAGCGGAGGAAGCAGGGCGCGGAGCCCAAGCAGCCGGGCAGGUCGAAGCGCGCGGCGCCGGUGACGGCGGCGGUGCCCGCCUGA